AUGUUUGGAUCGCGGUACAGCACAUCUAAGGGUAUGGAUAAACCUCGCACUGCGAUGGUGAUAGACGAUGAUGAUGACUUAUACUCCGGCUUCAAUGACGUGCCACCAGCAUUGGAUACAAGGAGUGUUCGUGAAGACACCGCUUUACAGCAAACUUUGAGGACAGCGGGCAUCGGAAGACAAGGUCCAAGUAGAAUGGGAACUGGGAUGUUUCGUUUGGGGACUACUAGUCUACGCGCCGGUUCCCGCGCAGGUACGGCUAGCACACGACCUGUCACUGCGCAUAGAGCAGCUGGUUAUACGUCGAACACAAGAGAUAUCAGUGCUAAAGAAGAGAAAAGAGAAGACACGAUUGAAGAUAAAAUAAAACAGAUGGAAGCCAAAAUAAUGGUGCUCGUUGAAGAAUCUUGCAUGCUUAGCGCUCGAUCUCCUUCCGAAGAUGAGUCAAGCUCUAACAAGAGGGAACAAGAACUUUCGCAGGCUUUAGGCAAAGCACAGGAGGCCUCAACGCUCGAGAGGCAACUAAUAAGAAUGCAGGAGCAAGCCAAUCUAGGAGACUCCCACAAUUUGGAUCUAACGUUUUGUGUCCUCUGCAAUUUGGCCGACCAGUACGCCCUCAACGAGAUGUAUACAGAAGCGUUAAACACUUAUCAAUUACUAACUAGAAAUAAGUUAUUCCCUCACGCGAAUAGAUUGAAGGUAAACAUGGGUAAUAUUCACUUCAAGAUGGGUGAACAUCCGAAAGCCCUUAAGCUGUAUAGAAUGGCGUUAGACCAGACGCCGACUGCUGAAAAGGACUUGAGAAUGAAGGUAAUGCAUAACAUCGGUUUAUUAUUAGUGCGCAUGGGCAAGUUUCGUGACGCGGUGACAAACUUUCAACACAUUAUGCACGAACAGGGUGAUUUUCAAACAGGCUUGCACCUCGUUCUAUGUUCAGUCGCAUUAGAAGACGCUGAAGGCGGAAAAGCAGCCUUCCACUCCAUGCUUGACGUGGAACUUCCCAACUACCACCACGAUAUUCCCAUCGAUGAUGAAAAUGAUCCAUACGAGUGUGUGGUGCGUGAUGUUGUACGCGGUGACCGUCUCUCCCGAUGGUCUCGUGCUGCAGCCACACACGCCGAUCGCUGUCUCGCUCUAGCAGCCGCUGCAUUGGCAAGACCCGCUGCUAGAAAUGUGCGAGACGAUGAUUUAGGUGGCGCAUCGUGGUGCGUUGAAGCCCUGCGCGGUUACUCUGGGGGUGGUGCAGGUGCACGUUUGGAACUCGGAAGCGCUUUAGCAUCAUUGCGCAGCGCCACUGCAGCUGGCGGAGGUGGAAUCGCAGCUGGCGUUAAGGCGCUUCAGCGGCUGAAAGCGGUCGCUCGUGCGCAUCCCAACGAUCGUGUACUGCGAGCUGAAGCGAACGCAGAUGCCGCUUUUGUCGCUUACGCGCUAGGCAAAUGGUCCGAGGCGCAGUCAUUAAGUGAAGCGGCGUGUAAGGACGACCCGUACUCGUGCCCCGCACGUGUCACAGCAGCGCUUGCGGAGUUGUCGUCGACCGGUGGCAGCGCCCACACUGACGCGAACGUUUUAAACCAAUUGUCAGCCGCUACGCAUCUAGAUCCCGCUGAUCUUAUAGCUAUGCAUGAUCUUGCGCUAGCCUUAGAGAUGCGUGGCGAAGACAGCGGCGCAGAAGCUCGUUGGCAGCGCAUGCGCAGUGCAACGGGUGCGGGGGCGACGUUGCGGGCGAUAGCGGCGGCGGGACUAGCUAGACUCACUCGUAAUGCGGACACCCAAGCUGCUUUAAGCGCAGCUGAUCAUUGGUACAGUAUGAUAGGCACGUGGGAUGCAGGCGUGUCAUGUGCGCUUGCGCAGUUGCAUACGGAAUUGGGAGACACUCAAACAGCCAAACAUCAUUAUCAAGAUGUUGAAGCUGUAUGGCCCUGUGAACUGUCAGCUCUACAGUGGCUGGCUGGAGAGUCUUCGCCUGAAGAAGCCUUGCAAUACUAUAGAAGAGCAGCGCGUUUACAGCCCAAUAAUCCACAAUGGGGCCUCCUGAUUGGUGGAUGUCUUCGAGCGAGUGGGCGAUAUCAAGAGGCGCUUUAUCUAUACAAGAAACUCAACGCUAGAUUUCCGGAUAACGUUCAGUGUUUAAAGCUAAUAGUGAAGCUGUGUGGAGACCAGGGUUUAUCUGAAACUAACUUGUGGAGUCGGGAACUACAACGUGCUCAAGCACGAGCUAAGCAGCAGGAACGAGCAAAUGUAACGUCCGCUAGCAGCAUAUCGUCCGGUCUGAGCCAGUCUCCGAUAUUGAGCACUACAAGAGGCGAUAGCGCUGCCACUGCAACCCGCAGAUCGAGCGAAACUCGGCCUAAUGCUGUGACUGGGAACAAAAAUGACAUGAAUGACUUUACGCCACCGCUGACUCGCACAUCUACAAGGCAAGAGUCAAGAAGGAAAAAGGAUAUCUUCGACGACGACUUGCCUCUACCUCCAGAAUAA